GGCUGGGGAAGCUGAGUCCAGACAGAGCCUCAUGUGAGCAAAGCUAGCUCAGCCCCAGCCACAGCGUGAGACAACCCCCUGCCCCAGCACUGGCUCCAGACCUGUCCUGCCCCUUGUCCCAGCCCCUUGGCAGGAAUGAAGGCAGCAGCGAGGUGCCUGUUAGCUGCUCUGCUGACCUGGCAAUGCAGAAGGCUGUCCCAAAGGCAGUCACCACCUCUGUCUCAGUUUGCACUCAUGAGCAGUGUGAUGGGGCUCCUGGGGCCUGUGCUGUGCCCAGAGUUUUGGGAACAAUGCAGGGACCUGGCACAGGAUCCAGCACAAGGCCAGGCUGGGGGCUGGGGCUGAAGCACUGGGGUGGGCAGAGGACAGAUGGGCAUCUGAGGGCAGGCAGCACCUCAGUCCUGCCCACAUCCCUCACUCAGCCUCACUCCAGGCCCAGCCAGAGCCCGGCUGCUCACCGUGAGCAGGAAAGGAUGACAACCAGGUCGUGGGAACCUUCCGUGGGAAAGGGGGCUGUGGAAGCCGGGGGCUGCACCCGCCUCUGCCCUGGGGAGGCCGCGGCCGUGCCAACCGCGGGGCCACUGGCUGCUGGCCGCAGGUCUUGGCGGCGCAUCCGUUUGUCUGUCCACAGGGACCAGUGCUGGACGGCAGAGUCCUGCUCCGCCCUGGGCGGCCCCUCAGAGGAGGGGCCCGCCGCCCCCUCGCCGGCCGGCGGGUUUUAACGGGCCGUGCUGGGGCCGUGCGGCAGAGCGGGAUCAGCGGCAGAGCUGGAGCGGCGGGGGCCGGCAGGGAGGAUGCAGCCCGACCUCCCCGUCGGCGACGCGGCGCUGCGCAGCCCACCGGCUCCUGAGCCGGCCGGCGGUGCCUUCCCCAGCGCUGAGGCCACCAAGCCACCCUACAGCUACAUCGCCCUCAUCACCAUGGCCAUCCAGAGCGCGCCCGAGCAGCGCAUCACCCUCAGCGGCAUCUACCGCUACAUCAUGGGCCGCUUCACCUUCUACCGCGAGAACAAGCAGGGCUGGCAGAACAGCAUCCGCCACAAUCUCUCCCUCAACGAGUGCUUCGUCAAGGUGCCCCGUGAUGACAAGAAGCCGGGAAAGGGCAACUACUGGACCCUCGACCCCGACUGCUACAACAUGUUUGAGAAUGGCAGCUUCUUGCGGCGCCGCCGACGCUUCACCAGGAAGAAGGGUCUCCGGGAUGCACCAGGCACUGAGGGAGACGAGGGGCGCGGGAAGACCCCCAGGCAGCAGGGGCAAGGGCUGCCCCUUGCUCCGCUGCUGGACGAGGGGAAGGCAGAGGGGGGCUACAGCUCGCCGUCGGCCACAGGACGCCUGCCGAGCCCUGCCACUCUCUCUGAGGGUGCUGGUGUGCCGGGCUGCACCGAGCCCUGGGCCCGGCGUCAGCCACCCAAGGCCAGGCAGCCCUGCCUGUACCUGCCGGACAUGGCACAGCCCAAGGGGCCGUUCUUCACGCCCCCCGAGAGCCGCCCGCCCAAGGAGACUGUCUUCGGGGGGCUCCCGGCGGCGCUGCAGCUGCCCCGGCCAGGUCAGUACCCAUUGCCCAGCGAGCGCCCGGCCCAGCACCAGCACCCUGCCCUGCUGCCUGCCCUGCUGCCCACCCAGCACAGGGACCCCCCGCAGGACUCACCGGCCACCCCAGACACCCCCCCAGAGCAGCGGGAGGGCAAGGAGCUGGCUGCCCCUGCGCUGGGGCCGUGUCAGCCAUUCGGGCAGGUGCCACCUGCAUUCCCUGGCAACCUCCUGGGCACGGGCAAGCCCCCCCCAUCCUGCUUCCUGGAGGGAGAGGGCUGCACGCAGCCCCACCUGCCCGUGUUCGGCUCCUUCAGCCGGCCGGGCCCCGAGGCGCUGGGCAGCAGCUAUCAGUGCCGGGUGCAGGCGCUCAGCUUCUGCGUGAAGGAGCGGCCCUGCAGCACAGCGCUGGAGCAUCUCCUGGCUGCAGCCCCCCCGGCCUCCACCACCCCCUGCCAGCCACCCUUCGGGACCAUGGGGCCACGGGCAGGUGAGCAGAAGGAGCCAUGGGGGCCGGGGACCACGAUCCCACUGCAGGGGGGUAAUGGCUACCACCUGGGGCUGCCCCCCUGCCUCUACCGGACACCCGGCAUGUUCUUCUUUGAGUGAGGGACUCCCCACCCCGGGACAACCCAGCACCUAAUAAAGCACA